GGGGCAGGGCCGCGCCUGCGCAGCUACCCGGCACUGGCUUCCGGGUGGUGCGAGUGAGAUGGGGCGGAGGGCCGGUCUCGCCGAGUAGCGGCGGUGAGUGGGCGUGUGCGCGGAGCGGUCUGGCCCGAGGGCUAGCGGCCGGCCGAGGGUCUUCGGGAGCAGGUCGCAGGGCGCGAAGAGAGCCUGGGAUCGCCGUCUGCCGCUGCUACCCGGUAUGUCGGCGGAGGCCUCGGGCCCGGCGGCCCCCGCGGCCCCGUCCCUGGAAGCCCCCAAGCCCUCGGGUCUCGAGCCUGGCCCCGCCGCCUACGGUCUCAAGCCGCUGACCCCGAACAGCAAAUACGUGAAGCUGAACGUGGGCGGCUCGCUGCACUACACCACGCUGCGCACCCUCACGGGACAGGACACCAUGCUGAAGGCCAUGUUCAGCGGCCGCGUGGAGGUGCUGACCGAUGCCGGAGGUUGGGUGCUGAUUGACCGGAGCGGCCGCCACUUUGGUACAAUCCUCAAUUACCUGCGGGAUGGGUCUGUGCCACUGCCGGAGAGUACCAGAGAACUGGGGGAGCUACUGGGCGAAGCACGCUACUACCUGGUGCAGGGCCUGAUUGAGGACUGCCAGCUGGCGCUGCAGCAAAAAAGGGAGACGCUGUCCCCGCUGUGCCUCAUUCCCACGGUGACAUCUCCCCGGGAGGAGCAGCAGCUCCUGGCCAGCACCUCCAAGCCCGUGGUGAAGCUCCUGCACAACCGCAGUAACAACAAGUACUCCUACACCAGCACUUCAGAUGACAACCUACUUAAGAACAUCGAGCUGUUCGACAAGCUGGCCCUGCGCUUCCACGGGCGACUGCUCUUCCUCAAGGAUGUCCUGGGGGACGAGAUCUGCUGCUGGUCUUUCUACGGGCAGGGCCGCAAAAUCGCCGAGGUGUGCUGUACCUCCAUUGUCUAUGCUACGGAGAAGAAGCAGACCAAGGUGGAAUUUCCAGAAGCCCGGAUCUUUGAGGAGACCCUGAACAUCCUGAUCUACGAGACUCCCCGGGGCCCAGACCCAGCCCUCCUGGAGGCCACAGGGGGAGCAGCUGGAGCUGGUGGGGCUGGCCGUGGGGAGGAUGAAGAGAACCGAGAGCACCGUGUCCGGAGGAUCCAUGUCCGGCGGCACAUCACCCACGAUGAGCGUCCUCAUGGCCAACAAAUUGUCUUCAAGGACUGACCUCUGACCCUCCCCCUGCCUUCCUCUUGCCUUGGGGCCCAGUCCCUCUCUCUUUCCCUCCCCUUCCCAGACCUUUGCCCCGGCUCUGCUGGCCAAGUCGUGGGUCCUCCUCUGUCCCUUCAUUGCAUGGCACAGCUCACUUUGGCCCUUCUCCAUCCAUCCCGACCCCAUUGCUAACAACAUGGUACAUUCCGGACCCGCCACUCAGAGCCUUCCGAAGCCAACACUUGUCCCUAUCCUGGCCCUGUGUCCUUCCCUCUCCAGCUGGUUAAGAGGGAUUUAGAAUUCCCUCUCUCUUUUUUCAGUGCAUCAUCCAUGCCAAAGUGUGCCGUCCUUCCUAACAUUACCGCAGUCUGAGCCGCCUCCCACGUCGUGCAGGGUAGUCCGCACCCUCCUCCCCACCAUCCUCCCUACCUCCUUAACUUUGUACUAGACUGGCCUGGGCCUGCCCAGCUCAGCGUUCUCAGUCUGUUUCAUAUUAUUUAUUAUUUUAAUUUUCUAUUAAAUUAUUGAAAUGAGUUGAGGAACUG